AUGGCUGAACAGAUAAGUCACAAGAAGUCGCUUCGUGUGGGGAAGAACAAGAGGUCUCUGUUGAAGGAGUAUUACCACUUAGAAGAUGGAGCUACUAAGACAGAUGAGCCAGUAACAGGCGAAGUGCAUGAACAAGAUAAUAAUACUCUGCAGACUGACACAGGUAAUGAGGAAGUUGUCAAGGAAGUGUUAGAAGAUUCUGACUCGCAGCCGAACGUUGACAGACCUAUAAAUGAGCAAACAUUGAAAGAAUUAGUUGCGACUCAUAAUACACUGCUGGGGAAGGAGACGGCGACAAAUAGUUCCAUAAAGAAUACUAUUUAUGAGAACUACUAUGAUCUCGUAAAGGUUAAUGACAAGCUUAAGGAACUCAGUGGCGAUAAACUUCAGCAAUCCAUGGAUUCAUUGAAGAAAGCAGUGGAGGAAUCCCUUCGAAGUGCAUAA